GCUCUGUAAAGCAGCUUUCACACAGCGCGAGACAGACUCGGUUUCACUCAGAGUGCAGCCUUUUCCACGAUGCCAUUCUUGGAUUUGUAUACAACAUUUCCAGUAAUCCAGGCUAUGGAUUUUUACCUAACUUAAAGGACUCCUUAUGACAUUACAUCAUAAGAAACUUGGAUACUGACCCACACUGGUACACCGGAGCCCCUUAGUGGAGUAAGGGUGGAUUGCACGGGUAAUAAACAGUCCAGCCAAAGACCAGGACCAUGGCUGACUCAGACCUCAUAGCGCUGCACUACAACUUCACUGGGAAAUUCCGUAAAGUGGAAAGGGAUUCUGGACUCAGAGCCGAUUCUGUUGUGUUUAUCAUUGUGUGUUGUUUCAUCAUUCUCGAGAAUGUGUUGGUUCUUCUCACUAUUUGGCGAACGAAAAAGUUCCACAAGCCCAUGUACUAUUUUAUUGGGAACUUGGCCCUUUCGGACUUACUGGCUGGAGUGGCAUACACCGCCAACAUCCUGCUCUCAGGAGCUAAUACAUAUAAACUGAGUCCCACACAGUGGUUCUUCCGGGAAGGCAGCAUGUUUGUAGCACUGGCUGCUUCAGUCUUCAGUCUCUUGGCCAUUGCAAUCGAGCGGCACCUUACUAUGCUCAAAAUGAAGCUUCACAACAAUGGAAAUACUUGCCGUGUCUUCAUGCUGAUCAGCACAGUGUGGUUUAUUGCUGCUAUCCUGGGUGGCUUGCCUGUGAUGGGCUGGAACUGUAUCCGCAGCAUGAACCACUGCUCGACAGUGCUGCCACUCUACCACAAGGCUUAUAUCCUGUUCUGCACCACUGUGUUCAGUGUUAUCCUCAUGGCCAUCGUGGUGCUAUACGCCAGGAUCUAUGCACUGGUUCGCACACGUAGCCGUAAACUAGUUUUCCGCAAGGUCUCAAAUGGUCGUGGGAGUGGGAACAAGAGCUCUGAGAAGUCCAUGGCCUUGCUGAAGACAGUCAUCAUUGUCCUGAGCUGCUUCAUCGCCUGCUGGGCGCCACUUUUUAUCCUACUCCUGCUGGAUGUAGCCUGCGAGAUCCGCACCUGUGCCAUCCUCUUCAAAGCUGAGUGGUUUCUUGCUCUGGCAGUAAUGAAUUCAGCAAUGAAUCCUCUCAUCUAUACACUUACCAGCAACGAGAUGCGCAGGGCAUUCAUCAAGAUGCUACUGUGCAACGUGUGCACUCAGCCUGCUGGCAAGUUCUCCAGACCCAUUAUUGGGGCAGAGUUCAGCCGGAGCAAAUCGGACAAUUCAUCGCAUCCCAACAAGGAAGAGCCUGAGUACUCACCCAGGGAAACAGUUGUGUCAUCAGGAAACAUUGCUUCAUCAUCGUAAACGGAACUUAGGAAACUUUACUGCAUUUUCUUAUUUAGUGGAGGAUGUGUGGGGAUCCCACUGGACAUGUACACUAGAAAGCUUGUCCAAUCCCCUCCGCUCUUGUUCCAUAAAUGAGAAUAGAGGUUCUUUUUCAUCUAACUAACACCAGUGUACAACAGUGUUAAUGGAUAAUGGAGACAGACAGUUGAAGAUCAAAAGUCGGGCCAGGAUACAGUGAGAUAGUUUAGAAGUGUUUGGGAUCAAUUUUUGUUCCUGAGCUGGUUCCUUAUCUUCAUGGUGCACAAUCAUAAGAUUGAGCUGUAGAUAUUGAAGUUUGAGCAUCUUUGAGUGGGUCUGAGUCGACAGAGUCUUCAUGCACACGUCUGAUUCAUGUGUCUCUGGGAGCUGGUGGUGUGGACUGUAAUGGGGGAAAAAUGGAGUCUAAUGAGUCAGAUUACUAAAAAGAAAAGAUUUUAUGUGUAAAUAGACUGGUGUAUAAUGUACAGUGUGUUUGGAUGGUUUUAUUAACACUACAAUCCACAAGUUUCUAAGCCAACUUUUUAAAGUGGUAUGAAGGCCUCAACUGGGAGAAACAGACUGAAACAAGUGAAACACUUUUUUUUUUUUUUACCCUGAACUGCAAGAAUAUUAACUAAGGGCAAGAUUCUUAAAGGCCACACCAGCACUGAAAUGUCUUCCUUUGAUUGCAAAAUGCACUUAAAAACCUGAGCUCUAUAAACCUGAUUAAUCAGUAUUACCCACUGUUUUUAUUUAUCACAUGCAAACGUUCUAGUUUGAAGAGCAUUUAGGAUAGCACUUGUAAGUGCUCUUGUGAGAGCUAUCAUAGGCCUUUUACUGACUCAGUAUAAUAUAUUAGCAUAUUGGGUUCAUUUUGUACCAUUUAAUGCCCUUUAAAAAGUGAGAUUUUUGACACAUUUUGUACACAUCAUAUUAUGCGUUAAGUUCUGAAAAACAGGAAUUUUUUGUAAGGGCAAAAAAUUAAUUAAAGGAAUACAGUAAAAAAAAAAAAGGUACUUGUGUUUCUUUGAAUUAUGCCAUGGUUUUAGUGAAAUUUCUACAAUUGUAAUUGAGAAUGUAUUUUAUUUUUAAAAAUGUAUGAUUUUACCUUUCAUCCAACAGCUGUAGAAAUAGCAUGUACCAUAGCUCGCAAGUAUUAAUUUAUCUUGAAUACAGUUGGAUUUCAAUGUGGUAUUAAUGCAUCGUGAAUUGAAGGUAUUUUUAUUCCACUCUACUAGUUUUAGGGUUUAUUGUGUUAAUGAUAGUUAAUGCAUGUGCACAAACUGCUUUCUGUUAUGCAGUCUAGCAUAUUUAAUGCUGGGAAUGUGAAUCUGAUAAGAUCCAUCAUCAUCAUAUUAAUCUUCUCCCUACCUGUUACAUCAUCUGUAUUGAAAUACUGUAGAAUAUAGAAAUGGUUCAAAAUACACUAUUUACCAAGACGGAUUUAGAGAAAAUGUCAAUCACAAGCCUGUGUUGUCCUGUGGUUUUUUUCUGUUUUGCACAUUGUAACACCUGUGUCUGUGUUUUGUUAGCUUGUCAAUAAAUAUUUGCUGUAAAAAAAAAAAAACAAGGCAUUGGGAGUUUGUAAUUUGCAAAUAAUAGUUUAUAUUUUAUUUCCUGGAUUAAAGCAUUGCAUGCAACUAACUAACUAAGUACUAACUAAAAAUACAAAUGUACCGGUGGUAAUAUCAGAUUUUUUUGCUACAAGCUUAAGUUCAUUUACUUUUACGAUGCUGAAUGGUGUGUGAUAAUAAGCUUUAAAACAAGCGCUAAAUUUAAUGAUUUUUUAGAUGCAAAAUGUGAUUUAUUGUGACAAUCACAGAAUAUAAUACAAAUGUAAAUUGCACAGAGUGCUAGAAGUAUGAAGAAGCUUUGGCUUAUGAAUAUGUAUGUAAAGUAUAAGAGAGUGCAGGGUCAUGUAUAACAUGUCACAUCAUUUCGCCUGUCUUACGUUGUUGACUAUUGUAUAAGUAAAGUUCUCUGGUUCACAAUAAACAAAUACAAUGUA